AUGGACAUUCGAGAACUUUUAGAACAGGCAGGUAAGAAGCUUUCCAAGGUAGGUUCAGUGGAUCCCGAUUGCCCACUCAGUAACAUCAUUCCGAAGAAGGAAGAAAGAAAGUAUCUACUCAGAAACAAAAGUGCUCAUCGCCCGGAUAUAAAGACCGAUAGAUUUAAGGAUGUUUUUGUAAAUAGGAUUAUUUUUAGAUAUAAUCUUUGAUCUUUCUAUUAUUUGCAUACAGUAUGACUUAUGUACGUUUAGAUCCCGGGGGGAGGGGGGCACUUGGGUAUUUUUUGGGUGGGUAUGUGCCGCCCGGGACUCCAAAUUGGCACCGCAUUCUAAAAAGAAAUUCGCCUUAAAAUUGAUACUCCGUUCUAGAAAUGGGCCAAUUUUUUAUACUCCAUUCUAGAAAGUUUGUAAAUUGAAAUAGCCCUGUUUUUUUUAAAAGAUAUGUCUUUAUUUGUUCGACUUAUACAUCAAAAUAAAUAAAUGCCUCUUCAUAAUCAGCAACAAUUAAAUAAAUAAUUUCAAAUGGCUGCUUACAAAACUGAAGUUUUCGUGCGUUCGAAAUAUUAUACCCUGUCCUAGAAAACAGCUCUGAAAUGGAUACCCCGUUCUAAAUCAGGAGCUUCAAAAUCACGACCCCGUUGGGCGGCACAUACUCGUAUAGGUAAUGUAUGGGAGUACCCCCCAGGGUUUAGAUUUCCAACUGCUGAUGUAACUUAAGAUAAGUCUUUUUAUCUUAGGAGAAUAAAGAUUGAUUGAUUGAUUGAUAAAAUAGUCCUGUAAUUCUGAGUUAGAUUUGUUACUAUACUCAAAAUGCCAAAUUAAAUGAAAUUCUGGACCUCAAUUACAUCAGCCCUUAGACAUUAACCCCUCUUGUUGAUGACAUGUUCUGGCACUGCACAUUUUUGCAUUGCUGUAUACUGUGUGAAACAGUUCACAAGUAUUUUAGAAGUAUAGAAUUUGUGUUAAAUUGCCAACCAUGCUAAAUAUCUAGCUACCAUUAUUUUGCCACCAAGUAACUACUCUCUGGCGAUGCUGAGGGCUGCAAUUAAGUGUUGUGAAUGUCCAUUAGUUCGUUGAAAUUAUUAUGAAACUAUUAUGGUCCCCAGAGGUGCCAGGGAAUUUCAUUCCUACUGAAGAUCCUUAGAAGGAUGGGGAAAUUGACAUUUGAAAUCCUCGGGCAAACCAUUGAUGGGUGCGUUUAAUGUGUGCUCGUCUUAGCUAUCAUUACUUUUGAGAUAUAACAUAAAAUGUAGUCAAUAUUAGAUAAAUUUUUUUUAAAAUUAUGUGUUUAAAAAUAAUUUGAACUGCUGCAAAAGCUCCCCUUACUGUUUACGUAAUAUCCUUGGAGAGGUUUCGGUUUAUCAUCUAACUGGUAUACUUCCAGCUUGUUCUGAGUAAGUCUGUGCCAAAAGGCUGCGUCAACAGCGCUUGAAAAAGGUACAAAUUGUAAGGCAUUUUGGCCGCCAGACACAGCCGCCAUGUUGAACCAGUGAGACAUCUAUGUGUUAUGUCAUGUAAAAUCACUAAAUUAUGUCUCAUCUGAUCAUAUCCUCCUCGUACACACAAAUUGGGAAAUACGAAACUCAAUAUUUCGAAAUCGUUGUUUAUUGAGGACGUUUAGUUUUUUCUUGGAUCGAAAAAGAGGAAUUCUUAAAUAGCGGAAAUAAUUGAAGGUUUCAUAUAUUUCAUAGUCCUCAAUCACCAUAUGAAUUUUCUCGGAAUAAAACAUUGUGAAUUACCGAAGGACAUGCAUAGGUUACUUUUUAAAAGCAUUAUAGUACUAUGAUAUUGAAUAUCGAGAGAAUAACAAAAUACUUAUUUUCCUACCAUUAUGAAAACUUAUUUUCCUAUUUUGGGAGACCCUUGUCACGCUCCACUAACCAAUCACACGAGGCGUUUGGUCACGGGGUUUUCGUCAUGUCUAAUUCUUUUCAUUCCUGAGCACAAAUCCAUGUUUGUUUCUAUUUAUUUCAUGGAAGUGGCUGAAAUAAGCUCUUAGGGGCAAGGAUUUUAUCACUGCCCCCUCCACCGGACAGAGAAAGAGAACUAUGGUUGGUACAGUAGGCUUUUCUUGUCAUAUUUUCGGUUUUCAGAGUGUUGUUCAUUGUGCGGGCACUUGUGUUUGUUCAGUUUACAGAUCUGAUUUAGUUCUGUUUUUUUCCAGAUAAUGGAGACUCCUCUGGAUGUACUAUCAAGAGCAGCAUCUUUAGUACAGCCAGACACCAGAGAAAGUAAGUCCCGAUGUGUCUGGAUGCUAUUUCUUCUACGAAGUUUAUGCAUUUGCAGUAAGAGGGAAACUUUCGAUCAUUCGUAAUAAUUUUCACGCAGAGAUACUCGCACUAAACGCGCGCACAUUUUCUUUGAUUGAAGUAUUUUUUCUUUGUGCUCCUUACCUAGGAUAUGAAAGUAGUAAAUUUUCCAUUUAUUGACGCAACUCACACAACCUUGAAGAAUUAUGUGGUUUAUCAUGAGUUACUAAGUAGUAAAUAACCAUCACAGUUAUGCUAUGCUUGGAAUGAGAAUCUUCUCGUUAUUCUGUAAACAAUGCAUUCACAGUUGACAUCGGCACACGUCCUAUUGGUUUAGAUUUAUUCGCUUAAAAUUAGCCUCUUGCUGUAGUUAAAGAUAUGUCGACCUCUUAUCGUAACAAGCGUUUUUCUCAGUAAACGUAGGUGUUUUUUCUUUAUUUUUGUGCACGUUUUGCUUUGAGCGAAAAUAUUUAAGUUAAGGUUGCCCUAUUUACAGCCAACCAGUAUCAAACAACGUGCACGUUGCUUGCAUCACUAACAUUCCAUGGAAAUUUUUCGAGCAUUACAAUUCUUUGGUUUCCAAACGACCAUUAUAUUGACCUAUCAUCAUACAAUAUUUAGAACACAACUUUUAAGGAGACGACAUAAUUUCCAUCGCACUUCAUUUGUUUUCUUUGCUUUCAAUGGUGAGAAAUUCCAUUGUCGAGACCAAAAAAGGUUAGGUGACACUGCGACGAUCGUUGUUCUUCCUUUGACCGUGGUCUUUGUGUUGCAAAUGUUCUGAAAUGUGGGUAGCGAGUUAACCAAUUGUUUUAUAUAGCUUCAGAGUCAGAAGCCAGCGAGGAUUCUCCAAAAGUUAUGCCAUCGGCUGAAAAUCGAAGAAAGCGAAAUUUGGAAAGACGAGACAUUGCUCAGGCCUUGAACUUUGACGACGGUCGAUUGGGAAAACUAUCAUCGGUGAAGACAGCAGGGACACAAACGUAAGUAUACAUGUAUGAUAAGAGUAGUUAUUUGCGUCAGACCACGGCAAACACGAAGUAAAACAAGCUUACGUUGCAAGAAGUUUUGGGUGCCAUGUGGAAACGUUAAGCUUAUAACUUGAUAGAUGGCAUGGCUUGCAAAGUUGUGGCAGAUCCUCGUUUCUGUGUAUAUUUGUAAUUCCUGGUGCCGAAUUAACAUUACUUCGCAAAUUCCGAAGGGAUUGCUUUCCCAGCAAAAUUUGCCUCUAGAAGUUACAUAUUUCAUAUUAUUGUUAACUCGGUGAUAUAGUACCUUGUUUGAGUAAAUUGUAGAUCAAAAAAUGCUUUGAGGUAGAAAGUAGAAAAAUAUGAAAAAAAUUACUUACCAUGUGCAAUCUCAAAGCUCCUCACGGUAAUAUUAUGCACUUCUAUUUUAAUUUGAUUUGGUAGGUUCUAGCUGCCUCUAGGUUUUUGCAUCACUCCUACAGAUGGAAUGUCUUUAGCCUGCAGUGCAGGCGUAUUUUGGGCGGGCGAAACCUUGUUCGUGUUCGUAAUAUUGUUGUAGCCACCAUCUUUGAUUUUAUGACAGUGGAAGAUUAGGGAGAGUAGAAAUAGUAACCCUUACGGUAGGUGCGAGGACGAAAGAAGGGGAGGGGGAGGGGAGAACAAAAAUACGCCUGCCCGAUGUCAUUGUUCUUUUGGGAAACUCCGUACGCUGGCAAAAGGAGCUCCUGAUUGGUGCGGCAUAGGGAAGUAGAUUGAUGCCUGUCAAUUAACUGUAAGGCUAUAUUGUUUAUUCCAUUUGCCUGGUUUCCGUCAGUCUUUUGGGAUUGGAGUGGCUGGGAAUGUCACAUGUAUUACGCAAUGAGAAAGUCAAAGAGAUUUCUACACUGGUCAUCAGGACAAGAUUUGCUCGCAGUACUAAAACCUACACCACUUUUACCUCAUGCCAAAAUGCUGCUUGUUCCAAUACGUUUUUUUUUUUCUGGCGAGUAGAUUAUGCGCUAGAGGGUUCUAUGUUUUGACUGAGCAAAUGUGAUUUUAUUUAGCCACUUGUUUCACACUAAGAGGUCAUGACAUGCUUAUUGAUUUUCUGUGGUUUUUGAAUUUCUGGUCUUCAUGAUUGCCCUCUGCUGCAAGAGCGUUUUCUUUGACCUCUUUUGCAGCGUAAAACUCUUUUUGUCACUAAACUGUUGGGUUCUUUAUUUUUAUCCAAAGUGCCUCAGGAUCUGAAUAACUAAGCGAUUUUCUUUCUAGUCCGAGAAUGUGAUGUUUUCCUGCAAUGUUGUAUCAUGCUGUGCCCAGCUCGUUAGUUUUUUAAGUUGUUUGCAGGAUGUUAAACUCUCACGGAUAGUGAUUUACAGAGAUGAAUUUAGAAGAAUGAAUUGCAGCUUAAACUGAAGCCUCGUCAGCUGUGGAGAAUUGCAUUGUGACUUAGUCAAGAGAAAAACAAUGAUAAACUCCAGCUUGUUUUUCUUAAGACAAUGCGAAGUCUUUGGACUGGAGUGACUGUUUGUUUGUUUUGUUAUUGUCGGCUACUUAUUUCUGGAAGAGCGGUCACGCACGUCUAAUCAGGGGGUGUUUCUCAGCUUCACAGUGUUUUCGGGCAGGCAAUUUCUCUUCUCUCUCCCCGCCCCCUCCCCGCUCCCUUUGACUAGCCCCAUCUCCUCCUCUCUUCGGCGGAAGUUUCAACAUGGCGCGAGUAAAUUGCGCGCUCAAAGAAAACGCCUGCACUGCAGGCUAGAAUGUCUUCAUUACAAUGUACAUGGAAAAGUGACAUUGUGUAGCUAAAAUAUGCUUUUCAUGGGUUGAUCCAGAGUUGAGGGCCCAUAAUAAUCUUCAAGUUGAAAACUUAACAUAACCCUGCAUAUAUGUAACUUAUUUGGACUAUUGUCCCUAAGUGACCUGUUGACUCAUGUGACCCAAUUCAAAAAUCAUAUUUUAACUGAGAAACAUGCAUUAAGAAUAAUAUUAUAGAUUAUUAGCCAGGGCUAAAAGCGAAGCUCUCGAUAAUAUUUAUAGUUUGUUUAAACACAAUAUAAAAUUGUGUAAUGCUAAGCAGCGAAGGCAAUGCUGGAGAGUGGUGAAAAACAACAAUAAGUCUAAUUAGCAAAAAAAGCAAAUUUGCACUUGCAGCAUGCUUUCCCUGUACAUUUCUUUGCCACUGAUUUGCAUGACUAGAACGUGAAACUUCCAGAAACUUCUUAGUUACAUGUUUUAUGGAGGAAAUGUUGUACGUGUUCUCGUUCACUUUUUUUUCACUGCCGCUCAUUUUCAUCUUGCAUUGGUGGCCGCCAGCAUUUCCCACUUUGUGAAAGGUUUGAACCCAGGAGUCAUUUCAAAAGUAGGUUGAGUUUGAUCUCUACAAGACAAGACUGAUUAUCUUAACAACGUUUUUAGUAAGAACAAUUACAACACGGACUUUGUUAGAUGGAACACUCACAGUAACACUGAAUCCAACACUCAGACCAAUGUCAACCCUGGCCCUGUUACGACAGCGACUAUACCGUACAUCAGAAGCACCUCGGAGACUAUUGCACGUAUAUUACAACCUUACAAUAUACGUGUUGAACACAAACUGAUAACCACUUUAUGACGACUGCUUACUAAUGUCAAGGAGGCAAACUAAUGUCUUACUAAUGUCAAAGACAAACCGGAGGACAGACAGGGAGCAGUAUACAAGAUCAAAUGCUGGGACUGCCAGGCUUCUUAAAUUCGUUAAAAGCGGCAGAAACCUUAGCAUGCAACUAAACAAACACAAACAAGCGAUGAGGAAUGGUGACGUCAACAAUCACAUUGCUGAGCACCACUUACAGAUGAAACAUCAAAUUGAUUGGGACUCUGCGACAUGUAUAACGUACUCUACAGACUACUAUCAACGUCUUACUUUAGAAAGCUGGUUUACUAACUUAGAACAAACACCACUGAAUCAUAGCCAACAGUUACCAGCGCUGUACAAACUUAUAGACAAGAUCAAGCAAAACUAACUACGAGAGAACGACUGGAGAACUGACAAUUUGACUAACAAUAGACGACUGUUUAACUGUGACAAUAGACUGAUCGAAAUGCACCAAUUACUGAUUACGAGUCUUCCGCGCAAAUAACAUCACGGCUUAAAUGACAGAUGACCAAUAACGUCGCGACGUAAUUGACCAAUCAGAUCAAUAACCAGAGUAUAACACUAUCAACUGACGUGAUACAACUCACUUUGACUCUGAAGAUGACUACCGCACAGGUUGUCGAAACGUCAGUCACUGUCAACAACAACAGUGCUAUUCAGGACUAUGUUCACCUAGACGAUGAAACUCAACCUACAUUUCCCAUUUUGUCACUGCCGCUACGAAAUUUUCAUGUUGUUCUUCCAACAAAAAAUGUCUUCUUUGUUUUUCAUCUCUCGCUCUAGACCUCUGUCGCCCUUUUCCUCGUUGAGCUUCGCUGGCCUGCCGCCUGCUUUCUCUUUUUCUCAGUCUUCCUCAUGCUCUAUAUUCCAAAUUUGUGGACGUGGCAAUUAAUCUAAACUAACUACUUUAGACAACAUGGAUACAGGAACAAUUUCCGCUUUCCGUUUUCAUCUUUAUUGACUCUUUAGUUGUCUCUGCUUUACAAGACGUCGGUGCCAAUGCGAUUUCCCUCCAAAAUAACCUCAAGUUGCAUUUGGGUUGCCAUACCUGUUGAUUGAGUUAUUUUACAUUGGGAUGCCUUUGGUGCAGAUGGAUGGUCGCUCGUGCAGGCGGUCGGUCGGUGUACAGUCACGUGAUUACCAAAUUUUCUCGGAUGGGUAGAUUACUUCAUUUUCUUACCUAUGGUGCUCUGCUGGCGCAGAAUAAUUAUUAACAAUAAUUAAUAAUUUCACAGUAACUGUCAAGGGGGCUGGGUUUAAGAGGGAGGAUUGUUAUAUAUGGGGGGAGGGGAUGAUGGUUGAAAUAAUUUGUAAUCUUUAAAUACGGGUAACAUGUAUUGUCAAUCUUUUUACUUUAUUAUAUUUUUGAAUUCAUUUUUUUAAUUGAUGCUGAAAAGCCCCCAAAGGGAAGUGUUCAAUAAAGCAUGUAUGCAUGUUUGUAUGUACAGACGUAUGUACGUAUGUAUGUAUAUAUGUAUGUAAGGACCAAAUAGAUUGUCUCUGGGCCAAAUUUGAGAAUUCUUGUGACUAAGAAAGGAAAGUUAUUGUAAUGUUAAACUGAAGUGGCACCCGGAUACUGGGCAAUGUACCGUAAUGGGUACAUUGUUUUUAAUACAAAGAUUAGAAGUACUUUUUAAAUGCAAAAAAAUCCAGCAAAAUUAUUAGUGGGGCUAUAGCCCAGCCAGCCCCUAUGCUCUGCGGUUCCUGUAAUAAUUUUGUUUUUCACACAGAACAAACCAGGAAGGUAAUUUCUUUUCAACCUUGUAGCAAUAUUAAACUUGAUAAAUUAAAGAACAUUUCUCAGAAAAGCAAGUAAGUUUACAUGACUUACAAGCCCAGCUAAUACUGACCAUUCAUGUUCUCCUUUUUCUACUCAAUCACAACCUUGUGUUCUGAAUGGAAAACAAACAAACAAAUGCUUACAUUUCCCCACACAAGAAUAAAUAGUUUGUCACAGAAAAGGUGCCGGUCUUGAAGGAAACUUGUACAAGCUAAAUCAAAACAGCAACAUUUGCAGUAAGAUUAUUUAGUCAAGUGUUUCACAUGUAAACACGUGGGCCUGAUCACUGAUUCAAUGGAAAAAAACUCACCUUCUCUCAAUCUCAGCAACUCUUAUUAUUAAUCAAUUGAAAUAAGAGCUUUUAACUGAACUUGAUUAUUCGCGGAAGAAACUAUUAACCACUAUUAACUAUUAGCCACGUAAGGUGUGAUUGGACGUACAGCUGUGUAGCAGGGUGGUACAUGAUUUAUUAUUUUCAUAACCUGUGACGGAUGAUUUUCUUUUUGGAUUUCUGUGAUUGGUGAAUAUCAAUUGAAACUAGAAGCGGAGACAGUAAAAGCAGAGAGUCAUGAUAUCAUUAUUUUUCUUAUCCUUUUUGUCAUUCCUCAAUCCUCAAGAUUAUUAAGAGCUACUGGUUAAUGUAGUUAAUACAUGUAUCUGAACAACACCAGAUUUCAGAGAACCCUUUCAAUGAUUAAGGUAAACUAACAGCAAUCCUACUCAAAAAGGAUGCUGGGAACACUUUGUUAGAGCUGAUUUAUUUAAUGGAUUAAGACUUUCCAUAUAUUUCUCCUAUAGGUUGCACUGCGUUGCAGGCUUUUUAUUAAUGUUUGGACUAUUCUAUAUUGUUUGUAUAUUUUAUAGUCAUAAGUUUAUUUUUUGGUUAGAUGUAUAAUUAUGCAAGGAGUAGUUGAAGUAUGACAAAUAGUGCCCAGUUUCACUCACUUUGUUCUGUAAUUUUAGGUAGCUUCACAAUUACCCAGAUUUUUCUCUAGGACAACUGAACUGAACUUUCAUUCAUGGUGUGUAACAUUGCAGCCUCCCAAUAUUAAUGUUGUUUAAAAAUCAUUAUUUUGUAGGUCACCAUUAAACCCAGCACCCACAACAAAGUCAAGAAUUGAGUCAGGUCCUCCUCCCCUCAUUUCAAUUGUUCCAAGAUCAGAAGAGGCUGGAUAUCUACAUUCUCAGGUUCCAUCACACUCAAGGCCGUCUGUGAUAACCUCUACAAACAUUAUUCAAAGACCAGUUGGUUUUAUGGCACCACCACACCUAUGUGGUCCAACAGACAUGUUUUGCUAUCCAGGUCCUCACAGACGUGAGGUGGUUGAAUCUGGAAUGAUUGACCCUUUCGUUGAAGAACAUUUUCGUCGUAGUCUCGGUGAGGAUUACAAGUGUGUUAGCCCAUCUGCUGGUUCAGUUGAUGACCACUUUGCUAAAGCUCUUGGUGACACAUGGCAAAAGCUAAAAAAAUCUGAAGUGACUUCGUCGCAAUCUUCAAAUCCUCCUCAACUGCAGUCAAUUGUCUCUCCUGCAAACUAACUAGGAUACAGCUUUGGAUGUCAAGUAUUAAAGCCUAGAUAAAGACAUGAAAAAAAAUCCGAAAGUAGCAUCUUGCACAUAAAACCAAAGGAUACUUGCCAUAAAAUGAAGCCACAGUAACCUAUCUCUGGUUUAUCAACGGCAGGUUGAUUUUACAUGCUGAGGAUCCAGAGCCAUGAGUGCUUUCUGAUGUUGUCACUUGUCGAGGGGCUGCAAAUUAUUCAAGUAAAUGGUGUUCACAUGCUCUUGGGUUCAUCAAAGAAUUUCUUUGUUGGUAGCAACAUUUAUUUGUUACCAAGUGCAGUGAAGUUUUUAAGUUAUUGACAAAUGUAAUUAUGCUGAGUUUGACAUUCACAUUAGUAAACGUGUUUUUUUCUUGAUUGUUGUUUU